GCAAUUGUCAGUGUCAUUUAGAAAAACUUCAGAUUUCAGAGAUCUUCAGUUUUCAAUUAUACUUUUAAUAUUAGAGAAAUAAAAUUAACUAUUAAAGAAUCAUGGUACAGCAAAGUGGCCCACCAGAUGAUAAUGUAUUUAGGGCUUUUAUAAAUGCUGUUUACAAUACCAUUGAUACUCCGGUGACCUGGUUCAGAGAAAGAGUUGUGGAGCCAAAUCAGAAAAAGUACCCGUGGUACCACCAGCAGUUCCGUCGUGUUCCUACUAUCGAUCAAUGUUAUUCUGAUGAUGCUCUCUGUGACUUUGAAGCCAAUGUACAAUUUAAACGUGAUAGAGCUGUUGAUACUGAAAUUCUUAGUAUACUACGCCAACGUUAUGAGGAUUGCAUGAUGUAUGAGUCACCUGAUUAUUUAACAUGCAAACCUCUUUGGGACAGAUAUAAGGAUGCUGAAGAAGCAUGGUUUAUUAAAUAUGGUGAUCUUGGGGCUUAUGCUGAUGCUAGAAAAGCAUAUAUGAAGCAAAAACAUCGUAUGAUUUGGGAACGACGUCAUGGCCACCUGUCUGACUUAACUAAGUAAUAGUCAGCAGAAAUAUACUUUACAAAUGUAUUUAGAUGUAUUGUCGAUGCAAUAAAUAAUAAAUUAUAGAA